AUGGCUUCUCAAAUGGAUAAAGAAGGAAGUUCUUAUACGCUCGAAAUAAAGUCGUUGGGCUCUUCAAGCCCAUCCCAGAGAAGAUUCUUGAGUGCCCAAGUCACUCUUAGAGUGUUAGCCAUUGCAGCCACAGUGCCUGCUAUUUCAUUGAUGGUCGCCAGUGCUCAAUCCGUCAUGAUGUUUGGCUUCACUUUCGAAGCCCACUAUUCCUACUCCUCUGCUUUGAAGUUCUUGCUUGGCACUGAUAUCAUGGUGUGUGCCUUCUCUGCAUUAUCACUUAUCUUUGUUUACCUUAUGAACCGCUCAAGGUCAAACCUCACAAACUAUUUCUACCUUUUUUUACAUGAUAUGGUAAUGAUGGUUUUGAUGAUAUCUGGAUGUGCGGCGGCAACUGGGGUUGGUUACAUUGGUCGUUUUGGAGAAGAGAAGAUAGGUUGGGGAGCCGUGUGUGAUCGUGUGGUCAAGUUUUGCUCCAGAAUGAUGGUGUCUGUGGCUUUAUCUUACUCUGCUUUCAUAGCCUACUUGGCACUUACAAUCAUUUCUGCCACCAAGCUCAUGUCUCAAGUGAAAUCGCCAGAAGAACUCUAA